AUGUGGUUCAAACAGACUCUGGGAGAAAGACCUGUUCUUAUUCAUAGCAUUCCUUCAACAGGUUCUAAAUCCAACAAGAUUCAUAUUCUGCAGCAGCCUCAUCCUGGAAGACCAUCAUCAGAUGGAAAUGUGACUCUACAAUGUGCAAUCCAAAACGAACAAGAGAGUUGUGGAGGUGAGCAGAAAGUCUACUGGUUCAGACAUGGUUCAGGAAAAUCCCAUUCAGGAAUCAUUUACACUCAAGGAAGCUGUAAAAACAGCUCAGUCACAGUUUCUCCUACCAAGAGCUGUACUUACAGUCUCACUAUGAGAAACAUCAAGCCUUCUGAUGCUGGGACGUACUACUGUGCUGUGGUCACAUGUCGGGAAAUUUUAUUUGGACAUGGAAUUAAUCUGGCUUCUGACGAUGAACAUAACGUCCAACACAUGAAGAUCUACAUUCUAACUGGCCUUGCAGCACUGCUGACCAUAAGCUUCAUCAGUAAUAUUCUACUUUGCAUGAAAAAGACGAAAGGCAACACAUCUCAGCAAGUUUAUGCUACAGAUAAUAUAGCGUCAAGUAUACAGUACCACAUGACCUCUGAUUUGAAUUAUGCUGCCUUAAAAUUCACAAACCAAAGCACAAGACAGCAGCGAGAGGAGAGGCAAAGACAUACAGAAUACUCUGGACUGAAAUUAAAAAACUCUAUAUUGUAAUACUGUAUAUACAUAGUUGCUAAUAUUGUUUGCUAACCAGAAUCACUUUGAAAAUCAUGUAAUAAAUCAUAUUUGUUAUUAUGUUAUGUUCUGAAUAAAUAUGAAACUUAAAUGUUUACAAUCAGUCUCUUUAUUUUGUAAAUCACCACAGACAUCUGUCUCAUGCUUAAUGUGCUUUAGUGUUGAUGUUGUACUGUAUGUGAAUAAAGUGUCAUUUGAGCAAUA